UUUUGUAGUAUUUCUGACAAGUAUUUUACCUUUUUUGUAAUAAUUUACCCUUGAGUGACACCCCAAAAACCAAAAAAAGAUAGACAAAUUAGUUAAAUUACCAUUCUUUCAUAAGAUAUUGCUGUUUUAUUUAUAUAGCACACUAUGGAAACUCUAGAGAGGUUACGAUAGACAAUGGAACUCUCCUGUCACAAUUUUGUCAACAAAAACUUGCUGCACCAGAUGUUACUCUAUCAGAUAACAGCGACACGUCAACCUUGGUUACUGGUCUCUGAGUGAAACUCAGUACCCUGUACAUUGUUUUAAAAAUCGGCCUAUUGAUAUUUCUUAUUAUUGCUCAAUAAUACCCAUAAAAUGCAAAACAAUCUAAAAUAAAUCUGAAGUAAUGGUGCAUAAUUUCAUGAUUUGUUUAUGUUUCGUAAUGAUUGCAGUUAGCAUUGAUUUACAAACAUGAGUUUUUGUUUAAUACAAUAACAAUGCCUUGAAAAUUUCACUUGCAUUUCGUUAUGUCUGAAAGUGAGACUGAAUUGGCCCAGGAAAGGUAUAUGUCAGUGCCAAUGGGGUCAAAAUCUAGAGACAAUUAUGGACAUGGACUAUUGGAAGGUCUAGACUUAAAUUCUGAAAGUAUGGAUGAUACCUUAUUUGAUUUGUCUGAGCAACGCAGUUCUAUAGUAGAUGAUUUGCUUUUUGAAAUAUAUGACAGAUGGCAUGAUGCCCGACAUGACAGUUUUGAGAGUGACACUUUCACGGAAUGCUCAAGUACAUCAGACAUUUUUCCAUGGAGGAAAAACUCAAUACAUUUUGACAUAGAAGCCAAACAUUCUGGAAAGCUUAAUCGCUCAACAUUGGAGUCACAAAGUUUAGGACAGGUCAGGAAAAUGGUAUCAGAACUGCAAUACAGAAAUAAUUGUAUGUCUGCUAGAUUAGUAAGACAAUUGAAGCGGCGUGAAAGAAGACUGGCAAAGCUCCAACAUAAUUUUGACAUUGUAACUGCUGUUAUACAAGCCUCUUCACAGAAAAGACGGAUAGACACUCGGAUGAAAUUCAGUAUAGAACCACCACCUGGUGACAGUGCCUUUGAACAGUGGAAAGAUGCCAUGAAGGCUGUGGCAAGGUUACCUAUGGGUAUACCAGACAGCUUUCGUAAAAAGGUAUGGUUAAGUUUGGCAGACAAUCAUAUACGAGAACAGAGAGUGGAUUGGCAGAAGACAAUGAGAUUUGUGUUCAACGAAAAAAGCAAUCCAGACGACAAUAAUUUAGGUCAUCAAAUUGUCAAGGAUUUACACAGAACAGGCUGCAGUGGUUUCAGUGGUCAUGAAAAUGAAGAAGACCGAGCAACAUUGAAGCGUGUUUUACUGGGUUUUGCUCGUUGGAAUAAAUCCAUUGGUUAUUGUCAGGGUUUCAAUGUUAUUGCAGCAUUACUAUUAGAUGUGACUGAGAGAAGGGAAGAUGAAGCUCUGAAGGUGAUGAUCUACAUCAUUGACAAAGUCUUGCCAGAGAGUUAUUACGUCAACAACCUUCGAGCGUUGUCUGUAGAUAUGGCAGUGUUCAGAGAUCUGCUGAGGAUUACCUAUCCAAAGUUGUCACGCCAUCUGGACAUGUUACAGAGUGCUGCUCAAGAUAAUACUACUGGUGCCUGUUAUGAGCCUCCUCUUACAAAUGUUUUUACUAUGCAAUGGUUUCUGACCAUGUUUGCUACUUGUCUUCCAAAGGAAAUUGUACUCAGGGUGUGGGACUCAUUACUAUUAGAAGGAUCCGAAAUUUUACUUAGAACUGGCCUGGCAAUAUGGGGCAAACUAUCAAGGAGGAUACUUUCUGCUGGUAGUGCUGAUGAUUUUUACUCAUUAAUGGGAUCUCUAACUCAGGAUAUGAUGUCUGGUAAAAUGAUUACUGGUGACUCACUUAUAAAGAGUAUUUACACUACAGCUGCUUUUGAUUCUCAGCUAUUAAUAGAACUUAGGGAGAAAUAUACUUACAACAUUAGACCUUUCAGUAGUACUGCAAAUACAAAUAACAACACCAACAAAAGUAGAUCAUUCCUUAGCAACAUGUUGUUACCAAGCGAUGAAGAUGAGAUUGAUGAAGAAGAUUUAGAGGCUAUAAACUGUUUCCCUGGAUUCUUUCCAGUGCCAGUACCAGGAGGCAAGACAAAAGGAAGUGACGGGGAGGAAAAUAAUGCUGAUAUAUCUAAAGUAGGACCAGGGGCCUACGGUGCCAGUGGUGAGACUCAACAGUUACCAUCAUCUAUCUACAUGGAGCGGAUGUGUACAGACAUCAACUCUCUAAAGAAACAGUACAAUAGACUGAAGCAGAGACAGAAUCAAGCUCAUAUUAUUAUUGCAGCUGCAUCAGCAAGUCAGCAGCAUGUCCAGCACCAGAAAAAGCCAAAGAUAAUUACGCCAAAAAUAGAAACCCCAACGGCUCUUAAUCAUCUGUUUGUUGGCAGGAAUAAUGCCACGACCAGGAAUAGAUGUGUCACAGCUAGUCCUCGUAUUGCUUCAGUAUAUCCACAGUUAAUUAAUGAUGCUCCAUCCAGAAGAAAUAGUAUUCAGAAAAACUCCAAAUUAGAGUUAGGGGUCAAAGGACAAAGUGCAAAGACUGAAAAAAAUGUUGAAUGUGAAAACAUUGUCAAAACUGAUAGAAAUAUGAAUAUUGCUCAAGAGAAUGAUGAUAUUAAAAACAUUGAUGAUAAUCAUAAUGAAAAGGAGGAUAAAGUAGGCAGAUGUGAUUCUGCAGUAGCUGAGAGCUGUGAUAUGACAACAGAAUCAAAAGAGAGAAUCGACGAGAAUGAACUUGAUAAUCAUAUGUAUAUUAGUGGAAAUUUGAAUAAUUCUAGCUCAAUCACUCCAGUUGAUUCUUUGAUUUCUCAGAGUGUAGAAAAUGGCACAAAUAAGUCUAGUCAGAAUUCACAUGUUGUUGAAAAUCAAAAUUCAGAAACAUACCAGAAUGAUUCUGCCAAUAGCGACACAGAAUUGAAUGAAAAUGUUAGCAAUAUCACAGAGGAGUGCAAUACAUGUAACAAUGAUUCUCAUAGACACUCUUUAGUAAUUGAAGGCUCUGAAAAUGUUCAUGGUAGUUUAGAUUUGUCAAAUGAUUCUGGAUUAUUCUCAACAACCAACUCUCUUGAAAUUGAUACUUCCCCGAAAAUAAAUCCCAAACAGUUAUCUCCCUUAAAAGCAGAGAUACAAGAGGAAAGUAGUUGUAACCAUAAUGGUUCUGUUGUGUCACGUGAAUCUAUAGCUCACAGUAAAUCAAAGUCAGACAAUUGUGAAGAAAACUCACCAUUGAAUAGUGCCCAACAUGAUUCUAAAAAGGCCUCUGUAGGACGAUCAAUCUCAGCAGAUCCUAGUAGUACAUUUGAAGCAGACGACAAUCUAACAUCAAGGACAAGGUCAUUUUCUACUGACCAAGCCCUGAGUGAUUAUGCCAAAAGUAAAAGCAAGCCAACAAAAAUGGAAAAGCCUUUUAAUCCAUUUCCUGUAAAACAUUUUAAUGAAAAUAGGAAGAAAAACUGUGUUAAACUUGGUUUGUAUAAAACCUCAACUUUACAGGAAUUUGAGAGGCAAUGUAAAAGUAAAUUUUUAUGGAGUAAAUGAAUGUAUGGUUGUUAAUUCAUAUUAUGUUAUAUUUGUUGUUAUAAAUUUUCACUUGGUUAUGGAGAAUUCACAUUUGUUUUUAUUUCAUACUCAGAAUUUGAUUACCAAAACCUGUGGUGACAUUAGCAACUAACAAUUGGUUAGUGCUUCAAGUGUUUUGUCAUCUGAAUUCUGAAUUUUGUAUUCAUAAUUUAAGAAAAAAAUUCUCAUGUAAUCUAAGUACCAGCAGAGACUGAUAAUACAUGUUGUAUGUGUCUCUGGUUCCACUUAUAAGAAAUAAAUAAAAAAUGGAUUUCAUCAAAAUAUGUAGGACAGGAUACAAUAACAGGAACAUAAUAAUUUGUUAUCACUGUUUAUUUCUAUAAGUAUUGAAUUAAAAUAAUAGAAUUUAAAAACAGACUUAAACUUUCAAGAAUUGACCAUUGAUACAUUGUUUUGUACUACAAAUUAAAAUAUUAGGAUGCCAGGAUUAUCUUUGGUGAGUUUCUUCAGCUCAUUUAUAUAUAUAUAUAUAUAUAUAUAUAUGCAGACGGUGAUGCAGAAAAAUGAAAUCCUAUAUAUUUAGCAACAUUCCAUAUAAGAAUUUUUGAAAUCCAAAAUGUUUUUUUCCAUCUACUAUUUUUGAAAUCCAAAUUGUUUUUUUCCAUCUACUAUUUUUGAAAUCCAAAUUGUUAUUUAUAUUUGUUUAUUUUGUUAUUUUUUGUUGCAUAAUACAAAGUUUUACUUUUUUUGUUAUUUUUUCAUACUUGCUUAUGGUUGUGGUUUACAUAUGACUUUUUUUAUCACAUAUAUGUAUACUGUAGUUUAGUUUAUUAUGUAAUACAUGUACAUUGAAUUAUGUAUGUUGAUGUUUAGAAGGCUGAUUUGAAUGUUUUAUUUUACUAAGACUUUUGUGAAUAGGGAGUUUUGUUUUUUUGACUGAAUAUCUAUAAUAAAUGUAUGUUUAAUUAAUGUUCUAAUCGCAUGAACUCCCCAAUGUUAAUUUAACUGAAAAAUAUAGAAAAAUGUCCUUAUGAAUUACAUAUGAACUAUAUUUCAUAGUUCAAAGUUUAGUUAAUUGAAUAUACAAAUUUCUUUCCAUCUUGGGGCAUUGUAAAGAAAUACAUUUAAUGAGUUUUUCUGAAUGCAUGAACUGCUGAAAAAAUAUAUUAAAGUACAUUCCAAGUUUUACAAUUGAAGAUCUCUUCUGGUUUUAUCACACAAUCAUGUUUAGUUUUGUUUACCCCGUGUAUAUGCCUGUCCUUCACAUGGGACUAUCUAAAUUUUCCAUGCAAAAGAAGAUCAUAUCAUGUGCUACUAGAGCAACUGUAAAACUCAAUAAAUGAUACAAAUUUGAAAUUGUUGUACAUGUAUUUGGUCUAAAUCUAUAAAUGGUAUAUAUAAUCUAAGACUACAUCUCAAAAAAAUAUAAGAGCCCCAUUUAGUGAGCAUGGCUGCAAUGACAACAUAAUUUAAACAUGCUUCAUAUCAUAUACAUUUUUAUUCAUUUUUCAUCCCUUUUCCUGUGUUGCAGUAAUGUUAUGCUCUAUGUUUUACACAAUAACUCCAUGACAUGUUUCACUUUAUAACUCCAUGACUUCAUAUUGGCAUAAUAAUACAUGAAUUGGGUAUAGCAUGUGCAAUAAAUGUAACAACAUUUUCAUCAUGUAAUUGUUGCUCUGAUUAUUAUGUAGUUUAGACUGUAUGUAUGAAUUCAUUAUCCUCACAUGUAUGUUAAAAUAUGAUCUCAGUUAAUACAUUCUAGAUUGACAGUUUGAUUAAAAAAAAUCCAUUUUUAUUUCAUUAUUUGGGAUAAGGGUUGUAAUCUUUGUUUUAUUUGCAUCCUUGUACAAGUUAUGUAAUAUGGAUAUAACUAUGAGUGUGUACCAAAUUGGUUGUUUAAUGGAUUUCUCUUGUAUAAUUUCAGAAAAAAAUUAAGUUCAAUAAUUCUAAAGAUCAGCAACUAUUUUUAAAAAUAAAAGUCUUUAUCCUAUAUUCACAUAUUUUUGACUAUUGUAAAUUAAAUUUUAAACUAUUCUUUUAUCAAAUGUCAUUUGAAAUAAAACGUUGAAAGAUAAGUCAUGCAAAAGAUGCUCAAUAUUUUGAGAUGAAGUGUAUAAUUUAACGAUCAACUUUAAUAUCAAAUUUCACUGCAAAAUAUUGAGUUGUCUCCCAUACAAGUGACAUCCAAAAAUUUCUUUUUCUAUCUUUCUUAAAAUUUGUCAAUCUCCAGAUCUGAAAUGUGAGGAAACCAAAAGGGAGUAUUACUGAAAAGAAAUAUAAAGUAUUUAUGUGAGAUUAUUUAUAUCAUUGUUAGUUAUUUGUGUUUAAAAUUGUUGAAUUUUCAUAGUUAUGAGAAAUAGGUGCUAUUACAUAAUAUGUUAAUAACAUUCCUUGAACUUUUGAAUUUAUCUGUGAUUUCCCCCCCAGAAAUUCUAUCUUUUGUCUUAAUAAAAUAUGUAUUAAAGUUA